AUGCCAGGCCGGAAGCGUGCCGACGGGACCGGCCCGAUCCGCCGGCGAGCCAGGACUGGAUGUAAAUCAUGCCGUGAGCGGAAAAUAAAGUGUGACGAGACCAAGCCCGUCUGCCGGAAUUGUUCGUCUCGGGGUCUCACUUGCCACAGCGGCCUGCAGCUGAAGUGGCAUGAGGAGUUUGCGACUCGCGGUGUAGCCUUUGGGCGACAAGGGGUGUGGACCAAGGACUCGGGGUCUCGUGGGUCUGCGUCAAACCCUCUGCGGACCACAUCGAAUGAAGGCAAGUGGCUAUCGGUUCCAGAGAUUAAGUCACAUCACUUUGUGCACGCAGAUUUGACGGAUUUUGAGCCCGGGUCCUCAGAAAUAGUGAGUCCACAUAUGCUCGUCGAGCCUGAUCAAAACGCCACAACAUUGUCAGCGCUCAGCUCAUGUAUCAUCGUGCCUCCUAUUCCGCGUCAACUAGCCCCCUUGUCAACAUCGAUAGACUUUGACUCGGGUCUUUUUGAGUACUAUCUUCGGAAACUAUGUCCCUUGACGACCACGUCACGAACAGCCUCUUCACCAUUUGCCCAGCUGAUUCCGGCGUUACUCGCCCAUGCGGGACAAGACGAUGUCCUUCAGUCCCUACUCGCCUUCUCGGCACGUCAUCGGAGCUUGGCGGAUCCUCGAUGGAAUCAGAAGGCCAUGUCUCUGAAAGGAGGUGUCCUGGCCUCGUUGCAGAAACGAUUAUCUGUUUCUGACACAGCUAGCCUCCGGCACAUGUUUCCACAAGUACUCAUCACCAUGAUGUUCCUCUGUCUAUACGAAAUCAUCGGCAAGUGUGACCAUCGAUGGGUGAUACAUCUGGAAGCAAGCCAGGACAUCAUUCGCAUAGGGAGAGCGCGAGGACUCACGCAACCACAUGAUAACACUUACGGUCUAGCCGCCUUUGCAGAAAGAUUCUUUGCUUUUCAAGACUCAAUUAGUGUGAUUGCUUGCGGAAAGGCUCCCCUCUUUGGCGCAGAUUAUUGGGACAACAUGGCGAAUAAACGGCACGUUGACUCGUGGAUGGGCUGCAGUCCAGAGCUUGCAGGGAUCCUCUGCGACAUUACUGAGAUGGGUAGGGCCAAAACGGCGGGCAAAAUGCAUGCCAUAGAACUAUUCGAGCAUGCAGAUGCCAUGGAAGCGCGGAUCCACUCGUUGGAAUCCAUCACCCAAGUCCCCAACGACGAUGAACUCAUCUGGUCGGCCGAGCUGAAAAGACUAUCAGCGCUCAUCUACCUGCAUUGCGUUCUUUAUGAUGCAACGCCCUCUACGCCUGUUGUGUCUCAACUGGUUCGGCAGAUUCUGGAGCAGGUUCUUCGCAUGCUUCGCGCUGGACGCGCGCGGGCUUUGGCAUUUCCAGUAUUCGUCACCGCGGUCGAGCUGGACCCGACAGACGAAAUUGUGCUUCGGCAUGCAGAGUCUGGCGAAUCUAUACAUGGCAGGCGUCUGAUUCUCGAAACUCUAGAGGCCAUGUCGACUGAUUCACUUUCAAAUGUCACAAGGAUCCGGGCAGUCGUUAAAAAAGUCUGGAAGCUUCGCGACAUGAAUAUGGGGGACAAGUCUGGCGCCUCAAGAACUGAACCUCCCAGUCCUGGCCAAGGCAAUGACUGGGCUACUUUUGUUGGGCCAAAUAGUCUAUACAUCAGCUUAGCCUGA